AUGUAUUCAACCGCCCAUUCCACAAAACGGUUCCCAACAGCUUGUCGCUUCUUCGCUCAGGGCAACUGUCGUGCUGGCGACGAGUGUCUCUUUGCUCACAUUUUACCCAUUCACGGUGUGCCAUCCGCCAAUGCCCAUGCCGUGAUUAUCGGUGACAACGCGUUGGAUGACACCACGAUACCCAUUGCUUCAUCCCCAACCCAUCAAUCGAUAUCCCAAAACAACAACAGCGACUCUCACUCAAUACAACGUGCCAUCCGAGACUUGGAGUUGGAUCAGCUGGAGAAGAAAUAUAAGCCAUAUAAGGACCCAUCAAGUGGUCCUGAAGACUCUUUUUCGAUGAUCAGCGUUAGUCUUCCUCUACAAGAUACGCGGAUAGAUCCUACCAUACUACAUCUUGACCUCGUUAUUCCUGUUGAUUAUCCCGAUUCUCAAUGUGCCAUUCGGAUACAGAAUCAUGACUUGUCACCACAAAUCAAGCAGAGGAUCGAAGACGCAUUUGAAGCACACGAAUGGCAUCAACAACGUCAUAUUACUCUUGUUCAACAGCUGGACUGGUUGAGCGUACAAUUUCCAGAUCUCAUUGCAUAA